GCCGCCGCCGCCCGGCCCCGAGCCCAGCCCCAGCCCCAGCCCCGGCCGCGGCCGCCGGGGCCCGGCCCAGCUCCGCGGGGCCAUGGCCGAGUGGGCGCCCGCCCAGGUGCAGGAGUGGAACAUGGAGGCCCCUCACCUGAUGCCGCUGCAGCCGCCGCUGCUGCCGGAGCGGGCGCACGUGCGGGAGGCGCAGCUCCACUCCGCCGAGGCCUCGCUCUGGACCGUGGUGGCCACGGUGCAGGCCAUGGAGAGGAAGAUCGACCUCCUGGCCACCCGCCUGCUCAGCCUGGAGGGCCGCUCUGGCACGGCCGAGAAGAAGCUGCUGGACUGCGAGAAGACAGCCAUGGAGUUUGGGAACCAGCUGGAGAGCAAGUGGGCCGUGCUGGGCACCCUCAUCCAGGAGUACGGGCUGCUCCAGCGGCGCCUGGAGAACGUGGAGAAUCUCCUGAAGAACAGGAACUUCUGGGUGCUGCGGCUGCCCCCCGGCCCCCGGGGUGAGGUCCCCAAGGUGCCAGUGACAUUUGUUGACAUCGCCGUCUACUUCUCGGCGGAGGAGUGGAAGAACCUGGAGGAGUGGCAGAAGGAGCUGUACAACAACCUGGUGAAGGAGAACUAUGAGGCUUUGCUGUCCCUGGAUGGGGCCCUGUCCAGGAGCGAGGCACAGCCCCGCAGUGAGCGCGGGGACGGGCCCUGUGUCCCUGAGCAGCGGGAGCUGGAGCAGAGGGAGCUGCCCCCGGACGCCUGCGCGGAGUCGCUGAUCUCCACCUCCGACAUCCUGUCCCGGAUCAAGCAGGAGGUGGCUUUCGUGGGGGAGCAGCAGUUCCCUGAGGAGCGGGGGAUGCCUCCAGACCCCUGUGCAGGCGCGGACGCCCUGAUCACAGCACACGACUUCUUGUCGUGGAUCAAGCAGGAGGAAGAGCCCUGUGUCCGGGAGCCCUGGGAGCUGCCCGAGAGGGAGAUGCUGCCCCCGGGCCCUGGUCCUGCCAGCGAGGGGCUGCUGGUGAAGACGGAGGAGCGGUGCCCCCACGCCGAGCCCCCCGAGGAGGUGGGUUUGCCGGGCAGCUCCGGGGAGCUGCUGUUCCCCGCCCCGGGCUUCGGGACCCCCGAGGGACAGGCGGCGGUGCCAGCGGCGGUGGCUCUGCCGGCGCAGCACAGACUGGGCAAAGCUCCGGGCCCCGAGCCGGGUCCCGAUACCGGGAGCGUCCCCGCGGCGCCGCCGGGCCCCGCCGAGGAGCGGCCGCACGGAUGCGCCGAGUGCGGGAAGAGCUUCAGCGGCAAGAAAAGCCUGCGGAUCCACCAGCGCAGCCACGCGGCCGAGCGGCCCUACCCGUGCGCAGAGUGCGGCAAGAGCUUCAAUUGCCACUCGGGGCUGGUGCGGCACCAGAUGAUCCACCGCGGCGAGCGGCCCUACAAGUGCUCCGAGUGCGGCAAGUGCUACAGCCGCAAGGAACACCUGCAGAACCACCAGCGGCUGCACACCGGCGAGCGCCCCUUCGCCUGCGCCCAGUGCGGCAAGAGCUUCAUCCGCAAGCAGAACCUGCUCAAGCACCAGCGCAUCCACACCGGCGAGCGCCCGUACCAGUGCCCCGCCUGCGGCCGCAGCUUCCGCUACAAGGAAUCGCUCAAGGAUCACCAGCGGGUGCACAGCGGCGACGGGCCGCUGACGUGCACCUACUGCGGGAAGGACUUCCGAGACCUCUCCAAAGCCAUCCGCCACCAGCGCAUCCACACCGGGGAGAGGCCCUACCAGUGCACCGAGUGCGGCAAGAGCUUCAUCCGGCGGGACCACCUGCUCAAGCACUGGCGGGUGCACACCGGGGAGACCCCCUACCAGUGCCCCGUCUGCGGCAAGCACUUCCGCUACAAGGAGUCCCUGAAUUGCCACCAGAAAAUCCACUCCCGCAACCCGCGGCCCGGCGAGGAUUCCCAGCACAACCUGGGCUCGGCGGGCACCCAAACCGACCAUUUCUGCGUGAAGAAAGAGACUAAGCAUGCCACCCUGUCCCCGCAGUCCCGGCGCGGGCGGUGCCGUGAGGGGGCCCCGACGGGGCGGGGCGCUGAUGCCGUGGGGCCGCCAGGGGGCGCUGUGCGACGCGCGGCCGCCCCGCUCCGCCCCGCUCGGCGCGCGGUCCGGCGGCGGCAGCGCCCCCUGGCGGCGCGGCGGGGCAGCGGCGCGGCCGGAGCGCCGGACCCGGACCCGGACCCGGAGCCGCGCUCGGUGUCGGAGCCGCCGCCGCCGCCCCCGCCCCGCCGCCUCCGCCCGCCGGGCCCCGCGCCGCCCCCGCCCCGCCCCCGCCGCGCCGCGCCCCCGCCCCGCCGCGCCGCCCCGCGCCCAGCCCGAUGCCCGGCGGCGGGCGGAGGUGAAGCAGCGAGCGGGCGCUGGAUCCUCCCGGCCGCGGCCCCCGGGGCCCCGGGCACGGAACAAAGGGCCAUGGCCGAGGGGGCCCCCGCUCAGGCGCCGGAGCCGGUGCGGCCGCCGCGCUGCCCCUCGCCGCUGCGGCCAGCGGCCGGCCCCGAGCGCACCUCGGAGCGGGAGACGCAGACGGCUGAGCUGUCCCUGACCGUGGUGGCGGCCGUGCAGGCGGUGGAACGGAAGGUGGAUUCCCACUCCACCCGCCUGCUCGACCUGGAGGGUCGGACGGGGAUGGCGGAGAAGAAGCUGAUCGAUUGUGAGAAGACGGCGGCGGAGCUGGGGACUCAGCUGGAGAGCAAGUGCGCGGCGCUGGGCACCCUCAUCCAGGAGUACGGGCUGCUCCAGCGGCGCCUGGAGAACAUGGAGAACCUGCUGAAGAACAGGAACUUCUGGAUCCUGCGGCUGCCCCCGGGCAGGAAGGGGGAAGUGCCCAAGGUGCCGGUGACCUUUGAUGAUGUGUCCGUCUAUUUCAAUGACAAGGAGUGGGAGAAGCUGGAGGAGUGGCAGAAGGAGCUCUACAAGAAUGUGAUGAAGGGGAACUACGAGUCUCUGAUCUCCCUGGACUAUGCAAUUUCCAAACCUGGUGUUUUGUCUCAGAUCGAGCAAGGGGAGGAAGCGCGGGGCAGGAAUGAGCAGGACCUGGAAGAGAGUGAGAUCAUUACUGAUGCCACGGCAGCUGGAAUAAGGGUUGUGAUCAAAACGGAGGAGCUCCUUCCUGAAGACAGCCCCGAGAACCCCGAGCUGCACGGGAUGUCGGGGCAGUCUGAGGGCAGCUUCCAGAGCCCAGAUGAGGAGGCAGCCUGUGAGAGCCCCUAUGGCUCUGUGUCCCCACCCAGGGACCUCCCAGGGACCAGCCUGGGGGACUCAUCUGAGUACGGAGCCGACUACAACGAGAUCCAGAGGGUCAUCGUGCACCACGGCAGCUGCACAGAGGAUGGCAUCGUGAUCAAGACGGAGGAGGAGGAGGAGGAGGAGGACGACCCCGACGCGCUGGAGCCGUGCGCCAUGUUCUCGGGGCGCAGCGAGCCGCCGGCGUUCCCCGGGCACGAGGCGGGGCUGGGCUGCGAGGCGCAGUGCAGCUCCAAGGCGCAGCCCCGCAGCCUGGCCCGCGUCAGGAAAGCCUCGGCCUGCGACAGGGACUCCGGGGACAUGAAACCGGCCGGCGGGCAGCAGCGCAACCGGACGCGGGAGAGACCCUACAUCUGCCCCGAGUGCGGCAAGAGCUUCAUGCUCAAGAUCAACUUCAUGAUCCACCAGCGCAACCACCUCAAGGAAGGGCCCUACGAGUGCCACGAGUGCGACCUCAGCUUCCGCAACAAGCAGCAGUUCCUGCUGCACCAGCGCAGCCACACGCGCCGCGGCGUGGGGGUCCCGCGGCGCCCCGAGCACGGCCUCAAGCCGCCGGCGCGGCCCCCGCCCCCGGGCAAGCCCUACAAGUGCUCCGAGUGCGAGAGCAGCUUCAGCCACAAGUCCAGCCUGAGCAAGCACCAGAUCACGCACGUGGGCGAGCGGCCCUUCACCUGCGGCGAGUGCCGGCGCAGCUUCCGCCUGCAGAUCAGCCUGCUCAUGCACCAGAGGAUCCACGCCGGCAAGAACGAGAUGGCUUUCCUGUGCCCCCAGUGCGGCAAGAACUUCACCCGGCCCUCCCACCUGCUGCGGCACCAGCGGACUCACACCGGCGAGCGGCCCUACCAGUGCAGCCAGUGCGAGAAGACCUUCAGCGAGAAGUCCAAGCUGACCAACCAUUACCGCAUCCACACGCGGGAGCGCCCGCACGCCUGCGCCGUCUGCGGGAAGGGCUUCAUCCGCAAGCACCACCUCCUGGAGCACCAGCGCAUCCACACGGGCGAGCGGCCCUACCACUGCAGCGAGUGCGGCAAGAACUUCACGCAGAAGCAUCACCUCCUGGAGCACCAGCGGGCGCACACCGGCGAGCGGCCCUACCCCUGCACCGAGUGCACCAAGUGCUUCCGCUACAAGCAGUCGCUCAAGUACCACCUGAGGACGCACAUGGGAGAGUGA